AUGCAGAUAUCGAACGGGUGGGCCGAUCCGAACUGUUCUCGAGACAAACCGGCCUCGAGCUCGCGACACCCGAAGGGGUCGUCGUGGAAGCUCUGCAACGAAUACGGGACAAGUUGCAGCAUGCAGCAUAGCUACGGAUUCGAGUAAGUGACUUCAUGAACUGUGCUCUAGGUGUGGGAUUGUUCAGGAGCUAAUGGAAAACUACCAAACAGCAAUUCCCUUCAACACGUCUUCGUUGAAUGUCAACCCUCGAGUUGCUUUCCUCCACCAUCAAUUGGUGACUGCAUUCGUGAGUUUCACGUGACAUUGGCUGUGCAGGCAGGUAUGACGGAAAAACUGAUACGAAAAACAGACAUUGGAUCGUCAGUGACAGGAGGUGACCCUAUCCCCGAAAAGCGGGGGCACCCACCGUGGCCUGUCUGGGAAAACGACAUCGAUGCCCACAAACACCCCAUAUUCUACAACAACGCUCGCGAAGGAAGCAGGCCACGGGAAAAUCCAGCGGAAGAAUUGACUUCGUACGGUUGAGAAUCCAGGUCCAUGGGACACUAAAUGUGAGUCUUCACUGUCAUUGCUACAGAUGGACAACAGCAAGAAUACUGACAGUUGUAAUAAACGAAUCACGCAGAAAAACAGGCUCUGGUUCCGUGGAUUGCGGCUCACCAUCCCGUGGCAGAUCCUCAACGGCUCGGUUCGGGGGAGUGACCGUCGUGUUGGCAGGUGUGUGCCAAUCUUUCAAAAGCAAAGCGCAGGGCGGCAUGACUAACUGAUCGAUUGGGCUGUAACAUCACAGGGGAUCCGAAGCAAUGCCUUCCCGUUAUUCCCAAGUCAUCACCAACCCAAAUCGUCGACGCUUGCAUCAUGAAUGGCGACUUCUGGGGGGAUCUCUCUGUAAGUAAUAGUCCUUGCCUGACUUUUAGACCUAUACUAACAACAGCCCACGGUGCGAGCGCAGACAAACAUGCGUCUUCUGGCCGCUGCAGACCGCAUGACCAAAACGGAACGGGCAAAGGCAAUACGUUGAUAGGCGAAAAAGUCGAAUACUUCCGAGAUCGAGCAAUUCUGGCGCCCAAAAAUUCGCACAGAUCAACGACAUGGUGCCCAACCUGCUGCCGGGUGACGCUCAAACGUUCUACAGCGCGGAUUCGGUCGAAAAUGAAGACGGAUCACUGUUCUCGAUCAAGUACCUUCAGAGUCUCAACAUCGCCGGGAUGCCGUUGCACGCUGCAAGAUUCAAAGUGGAAACUUGGACCCCGCCGCGGGGCUGUGCAACGGCACAAGACUGUUGUCAACUCGGUUACACACCCGCCUGCUCGAGGCCAUCAUUCUCACAGGAGACCAUGCUGGACAGCCAGUUUUGUUGCCACGGAUCACGCUGAAGACAGGGUCAUCAGCUGAGCUUCCGUUCACUCUGCAUCGGACGCAGUUUCCAAUUCGGCUGGCAAUGGCUAUGACGUUCAGCAAGUUGCAAGAGCAGUUGGCACUUGCGCAGGUAGGAGUGUGUCUGGAGACGCCCGUCUUUUCUCACGGCCAGUUGUAUGUGGCGUUGUCCUGAGCAACUAUGUGGACGGUGUCAGAAACGUCCUGAAAUGAAGGCUCUUUACAUUUGAUCGUCGUCCCGCGGUCCUCUCCCGACUUGGACCAUCACUGAACAGUACCGCAGCUGUUGCAGCAAAGUACAUCAUAUUUAAGCGGGUCAACAGUUACGGUGUGAGGCGGCGCGCGGAGCGCGCCGCCGAACCCAGUAACUUAACUGAGAUAAAAGUCUGACCCUGACACAAUCCCGCAUUGCACCCAACGUGCCUUCCUGGCGUUGGUGAUGACGGAUACUCCCACGUCGAGACCGAUCGACUCAACUUGCCUCCAGUUGCAUCAAGAAAACCUCCGCCUCACCACGGGUCAAGGUAACAUCACCUUGACCCCGGAUUAAAGUGGAUGUUCGGUGAUUUUAAGCUCAACGUUCAAGAAUAGACCGCGCGAGAACACGCAGCAUUACCAAGAUGCGAUGGCGUGCGUCGUCAAAUAUGGAAAGCCUUCGCUGUUCAUCACGGUGACGUGCAACCCCGAAUGGCCGGAAAUCAAGGCUGCACUGGGGCCGAGCGACCAAGCACCGGAUCUCAUUGCACGAGUGUUUGAAGCCAAGUUGAACCGACUCUGCGACGACGUUUUUGGCAACAAGCAACGGGCAGGCUGUUUGGGCGAUGAAUGGAGAACUGUUUCUUUGCUGUACUUUAUAGUGUGUUUUCUUAGCCUCUGUUGA